AUGGCAGAAGCUGUGAUACUAGUUUUACUUCAAAAACUUGCAUCUACACUGGGAGGAGCUACACUGAAAGUAUUCGGCUCACGACUGGGGAAAGAAGCUAUCUUUUUGCUUGAAGUGGAAAACAACAUGAAAGAAAUUGAGAUCGAAUUCGAUGUAAUGCAAGCGUUUAUAAAUCAAGUAGAUCCAUACUUGACAAACAAUCAAAUCUUCCAAUGCUGGUUGAAGCAUAUAAGGAAGGUUGCCUUUGAAGUUGAGGAUAUUAUUGAUGAAUAUGCAUUUCUCCUUGGGAAGAUGGAUGGCACAGAAAGUUUUCUGAGGAAAACAUUCCGUCAGUCAAAAAAUGUCAUGAUUUGGUAUAAUGUUGCUUCUCAGCUUAAACAAGUCAAGAGUCGCCUUCAGAACUUAACAACUAUGAAAGAGAGGUAUGGUAUCAAGAUAUAUGACAAUGAUGAAACCUCAUCAAGCCAUAGUAUUAGCCGCAAGUUCUACUUUUCCGAUUCUUCGUACUUAAAUGAUCAUGAUAAUGCAAUUGUGGGGCAAAAAGAUCACUUGAAGAAGUUGUUAGGCUGCCUAAAUGAUGCAGGUCCGGAUCGUGCUAUUAUCAUGAUCCAGGGAAUGGGUGGAUCAGGUAAAUCUACACUUGCAAGAAGCAUCUAUAGGAAGCAAGAUGUCACGUUAUGUCAUGCAUGGAUCUCAACGUCCCGAAAUCGUCAAGUUGAAGAUAUUCUUACAAACAUUAUAGAUAAGCUUGAUAUUGGAUCAGAUGAACAUGACAACAGUGAUUGUGAAGGAAUGGUGAAGACCAUCCAAACUUACCUUCAGAAUAGAAAGUAUCUUAUUGUUUUAGAUGACUUGUGGGAUAGAGAAUCAUGGUCAUGCUUUGAUAAUGCAUUUCCAAAGAAUAGCCACGGAAGUAUAGUCAUCAUUACUACAAGAAAUGAAGCUGUCGCAUCGUUAGCCGAGGAGGAACAUACUAUUAGGCUUGGAAAUCUCUCAGAAGAAGAAUCAUGGGACCUCUUCAGCAAAAAAGCAUUCAUGAAGCUGCCAGAGGCAACAUGCCCGGAUGGUCUCAUCAGUUGUGCUAAGAAAAUUUUGGAGAAGUGCCAAGGUUUGCCUCUUGCUAUUGCAGCUAUUGGGAGCCUCCUUUCUUAUAGAGGUAUGGAGGAGCGGGAGUGGAAAUCAUUCUAUAAUCAGCUAAAUUGGCAAUUAACUUAUAAUCCAGAGCUCAGCAGGGUAUCAAAUGUUCUCAGCUCAAGCUUAAACGAUCUUCCAACCCAUCUAAAGAAUUGUUUCCUGUACUGUGGAUUAUUCCCAGAAGAUUGUGAAAUUAGACGGAAGUGGAUAAUCAGAAUGUGGAUAGCUGAAGGGUUUGUGGAAGAUCGAGGUGCAGAGAUAACGCUGGAGGAAGUGGCAGAGGAAUAUCUGAAGGAACUUAUUCAGCGCUCGCUGAUUCAAGUUGUUGAAAGAAAUGAAUUUGGAAGGCCAAGAAGGUUUAAAGUGCAUAAUAUAGUGAAAGAAAUUACUCGGACAUCAUCAAAAAAACAGAGGUUUGGUCUUAUAUGUUAUAACCCAGUUCUCACUAGUCUUGGAGAUACCGAGCGCCGUGUGUUUGUGCACGCUGGAGGCCAAGACUUUCAACCAGGUGCAGCCUGGCAGCAGCUGCGCUCAUUUUUAUUAUUUGAUAAACAUGUCUCGGUUCCAUGGAUUCGUGCUGCUUCAUCAAGUUUCAGGUUAUUAAGGGUCAUGUGCCUCAGAUAUUCCCUCCUUCAAAAUUUCCCAAAUGCCAUAGUUGGUUUAUUCAAUUUGUACUACCUUGAUUUGUCACGUACGAAAGUGAAGAAGAUACCAAAGUCAGUGGCAAGGCUCAAGAACCUGCAGACACUGCAUCUCAGGCGUACAUUUGUAAGGAAGUUGCCACGUGAAAUAAAACUGCUCAUAAAUCUCCGUCACUUGUCUGUGAGUAGCGACCUAUAUGGCACAUCGAUUUUAGGUAAUAUUUGUGGUCUCAAGUCUCUGCAGACUCUCAGAGAUGUAAAAGCCAGCAAAAAUCUUGUACAAAAUCUCAGCUUCUUGAUGCAGCUUAAAACCUUGAGCAUUACAAAUGUGUUGGCAAGCCAGAACAAAGAUCUUUGGAGUUCCGUUGGAAAGUUAACUGUUCUUACUAGGUUGGCUGUUGCAAGUGAUGCUGAUGAUGAGAUUCUUUCUAUAAAAAACUUCAGAGCACCCCAAUAUCUGGAGAAGUUCUACUUGGAUGGCAAGUUGGCGGAUGGUGCGCUUUUCCCUAUAUCUGGACGUUUUCAGAACCUUAAGCGGUUGUCAAUGCGGUUAUCUGGUCUAGUGCAAGAUCCUGUCAGUGCCUUGUCUGAAAUGACAAAUCUGAUUUACCUUGAGCUUACUUGUGCCUAUAAUGGGGAGUCAUUGGUGUUCUGUUGUGGAUCAUUCCUGAAGCUCAGACAACUUCGCCUGGAGAAGCUAGAAAACUUGAACUCAGUUGAGAUAAAUAAUGGCAGCAUGGUGAACUUGACUGACAUAGAAUUUCAUGACCUGGGAAAAUUGGAAUAUGUGCCAGAAGGUCUUACAUAUCUAACGAAGCUUCAGCACUUGGUUGCAGAUAAAAUGCCAGAAUUGUUCACAAGAAAGUUGGAGGAAGAACAUCGGAAUGGGUUUCUUCAGCACAUUGGUAGCAUCGAAUGUGUGUGAUACUGUGUGCUUUGGUCAAAGUUAUAUUGCUCAUCUGAGACUGCUGCUAUUUGAUUUGAAGAGGAAGUGGCUGUUUCUUUUCUUCAUGAAUAAAAUGCAUUUUCUUCCAACUAUGUGUUUCAUUUUCUUUUAAGCAUCAUAUGGGUUGUACUAAUAAAGAAAGAAGGCACUAUACUUCUCAUUGAUGUUUGUUUUGUUGAACGGACUGGUAAACUUUCUAUCCGUUGCAAGUUUGUAACAUAAACAUUUUUCUCCUGUGUUAUUGUAAUUUUUACUGGACUA